AUGCAGCGUGUAUUUGUUGGGCUACUUGCUGGUGCUGUCCCUAGCCAAGUGUUAGUAGUUGCGCAAGCAAUUCUAGAUUUUUCAUACUAUGCUCAGCUUCGAGUUCACUCAACUGAAUCCCUCAAUGGCCUGGAAAGUGCUCUGGCGAUAUUUCAUGCCAACAAGGACUCUAUCCUAUUGUUUGGUGCUACAGACGGCUUUAACAGCGAACUUCCAGAACGAUUGCACAUCGACUUUGCCAAAGAAGUGUAUCACGCCAGUAACAAGCACGACUAUGAAGAACAAAUGGCCUUAUGGCUCCAGCGCCAGGAGGCAGUCUUCCUGCGUGGUUCCUACCUCAACUGGCUGUUGGAAUGGUCUCAGUCGGCACCAACCAAUUUCACUCGUGACCGCAGAUAUGACUCAGACUCGGACUCAGAGAUGGAAGGGCCAGAUGCUGUCCCUGUCAAUACACUUCCCAUCCUCCCUGAGCAACGAACGGUCCACUUUCUCGCUAAGACGCCUGCAUACCCUCAGCGUUCGGUUCAGCACCUUGUCACUGCACAUGGUGCGUCCAUGUUCCUCCCAGCCCUUAAGUUGUUUCUGCACAACCACAUGCUGCACGCUAUCAUUACCCCUGGUCUGCAAGACCGUUUUGACGUUUUUCGACAGGUAGUAAUCACUGCUCCGCCUAAUCCACUCAUCAGUGAAUCACCGAGGCAGUGGCAUGUUAGAGCCAUGCCUGAAGUGCUUCCUGGACGUGGACGCAAGCCUGGAUCUCCCGCUAAGUUUGAUAUGGCCCUGACAAGCAAUGGCAUUCAGCCGCGCACUUUAGAAGGUAUGCGAGUGGGACAGGUUCACGUUAUUUUCACUCUGCCGCGUCAAUUUGGGACCUACUCGCGAGCCUUAGCUUACAUUGAGUGGUUCACACCACUCAGGGAGCCGGACCGCUCAUCUGGCCUGCACCAAUUGUCGUGUUCAACUCAUCGGCUGCACCGGAAUGCAGCUGUGAUACACGUCGACGAAAUCACUCGUCCUUGCCAUCUUAUUCUGAAGAUGGGACAAGCUGUUGACCGUGGAUGGACUAGCGCAAAUGUCUACGAGUCCGCAAGUGAUUUUUACUUAAAUACCUUUAUUGACCUUGAUACAUUCUGCAUGUCCGCUAUUGAUUAG